AUGGCGACUAUAUCGAUCAACGCCCCGGGAGCGACAGGCUUCCUAUACAACAACGCCUCCGGCAAAGCAAGACUAUGCAUAUCGGCCGAAACGCUAGAUUUCGACACAGAGACGCUGCGAAACUGGCGCGAUGAGGGUUUCGAUGUGAUCUAUGUGCCGUACGACGGGGGCGGAAAGGAGUAUAUUGCGAGACUGAAGAGUGUGAAGGAGGGAUUAGGGGUUGGGGAGAAUUAUGCUGUGCUUGCGUUUGGAGACGCGGCGUCGUUUUGUCUGGAUUACUACCUCAAACCUACUAAUUGUAGCCGGCUCUGCGCUUUUGUCGCGUAUUAUCCCACUAAUAUCCCCGAUACGCGGUCGCGGUACCCGCCGUCUGUUCGCAUGCUGACGCACUUGGCUGGGAACACGGUCGACGUGACGACCAACCCGACUAUGUUGGGCAUCCAGGGGAAGAAAAAGCGGCAGACGCGCCAGAUCAAUCCGGGCAUGGGGACCGGCGAGCGGCUGAAUCUGGGCCAUACGGCAUAUACAUAUGAGUAUGUGCAGCCUGGAUUCGCCGAGCAUGAUCUAGACGAGUAUGAUCGCCUGGCGUGUGAACUGGCGUUUACUCGGUCAUUACAGGUCAUGCGGAAGGGGUUCAACAAGGACAUCGAUCUGGAGGAAAGGUGGGAGGAACAUCUCGAAGCGAAAUUCUUCUCUAUGAACCUGUCCAACACAAUGGAACCCUAUGUGAACCAUCUCACCCCCACUGUAACCUACACCCCCACGGUAAGCGGGGGAAUCGGGAACCACGCCUUGCGCCGGUUCUACGAGCAGAAUUUCCUGCGCGCAUUGCCGCCUUCGAUGCGGUUGCGGUUGAUUUCGCGCACAAUCGGGACUGAUCGGGUCGUUGAUGAGUUGCAUGCGGCGUUUCAGCAUACGCAUGAGAUUCCCUGGAUGUUGCCUGGUGUGCCGCCGACUAAUAAACAGGUGGAGGUGAUUCUGGUGAGCAUUGUUAGUCUGAGAGCGGGCAGGCUGUACUCUGAGCAUGUGUAUUGGGAUCAGGCGAGUGUGUUGGUCCAGGUUGGGUUAUUAGAUCCGAAGCUUGUGCCGCAGGGAGUGCAGGGGGUCGACCGGCUACCUGUCGUCGGACGAGAGGCUGCUAGGCGGAUUUUGGAGGAGAACCCCGAGGUUGAAGGGAAGGAAUAUCACAAUCGGCUGAUUCGCAGGGCGAAGGCCAAGAAUAAGGGCAAGGAGGGUGUGACCCCUGGAGUGGAGGAGUCCGGAACAGAGUAUUUCAAGAGCGAAGCAGAGAAGCCGUUGGAGAAUGGCAAGGGGAAAGGAAAGACUGUCCAGAAGCAACCCCCCGAGCACGGGCCGGAAGGUAACGAACGCCAUAAGAAUGGUAAUGAGGAGGAGAAAAUAGAUGAUCAAGAUGGUGCAGAUGGGGCUCAGACACCUACCCCGUCCAAGGGCUCUGCCUCGGUGGAAGAUGCCAAUGAUGAAGAAUGA